GUCAGGGGCGGGGACGCGGAGCGGAGCCGUCGCCCGGGGCCCGGCGGAGCUCCGGAAGGGACGUUGCGCUCGGCGGCACCGCGUGGGCCGGUUCCCGCCGUUGGCGGGGCGAGGAGGUGACAGCAGAACCGAGGCGUGGGAGCGGCCCGAGAAGCGCGGAGCCCCGGGGUGACGCUCUCGUUCUGCCGGUGUGCUCGGGGGCGCAGCGCCGGGCGCGGAGCUCGGCCGUUCCCUCCGGUGCUGACUGAAGCUGUGCGCGUUCUGGGCAUGGGAACCCAUGUGGGCGCGGCAGAGCCCUCGUUGUGUUACAUCGCAGCUUUUAAACUGAGAAUUAAAGAACUGGAGUGAGUUCUGGGGCAGUGAGCUCCCUGAGAAGAGGUCUUCGUGUGGCGUGUUCCGUCUGCCUUGCAGAGUUCUUCAGACACUUGGGCGCGUGUUGCUGAUCCUGAUUCCUGAUCUGCGGAAGGCUGUGCUCGAUCUGUGAGGGCACGAAAAGAGCGAGAUCAGUGAGCGGGCAGGAGCUGGAUCCGCCGGGGCUGCAGGAACGGGCUGUUGUUCACGCCGCAGUGACGCGCGGUUGGCCGCGGAGCGGUUCCCCGCGGCUGAGGGAGGGCGUGCGGCCGCUGAGCCCCGGCCCUGCGCGGCCUCCCGCUCCGGGGGGCGGCUGGCCCUCGCUGCCCCUCCGCAGAAAGAUUUCAGCUUUUGGAAUCUUCCAGUUUGGUCACAAGCUUCUCUUAGUGUCCAUACCCAAGAUGGGCACAGUAGAAAAGUUGGGUUUUUUUUCACUCAACACGUAUCUCUAGUGGAGGCCGCAAAAGGAGAAGUUUACACGCCAGAUACAUUUCUUAACUUUUUUUUUUCUUUUUUUCCCUAGUAUUGUGCUUGGUACUGGGAGGAAAAUCCAUUGCAAUUUAUGGAUUGGUAAUCCAAAUGAGAUUUCCUUAUUUAGCAGCCUCUUUCCAGAAGGAUCCACCUUUAUGUAGGUCGGGAAGUGAAUAAAGGCCGGGACCAGGCGUACGUCACAGCAAGUGAUUUUGCAAACUGUGUGUGAGGAAAGUUCUGUGUUUGGUGUCCUUUUGCCCUUUUGUUAAACGGAGAUCAUUUAACAAAAUCCCACUAAAUGGGAUGUCUUGGUCUAGCCGUUAAACACUCUUGUAUAUGUAAAUAGGUAAAAUUCUACAGGACUUCUCAGGAUUUGUGGUUGUAGAUUUAUCAGUAAAGAUCCAAACCAAAAAUAUGAAAUUCAUACCUAGACAAAAUGAGAUUGCUGCAUAGCUGACACAAGCUAAAUGAUGCAGCACUUUUCAGGGCAACAAAUGCCCGGUUUUGCUAUUUAAAGGAGAAAUGUGAGUGUUUUGCCUUUUGCCAUUCUGCAUCUAAGACUGAAAGGUUAGCAGGAGCUGUGACACAGAGCAAAUGGAGGAAAACAUUUCAUUUAUUCUUGCCUAAACUUCCUUUUUCCUUUAUUUGUGAACCCAACGGGGUAGUAACUGUGAAUAACUAACACACAGUGAAAUGGAUUUUAAAUGUUGGCAUUCAUUGUGCAAUGUGUCCUCUGACCAGGGUGUGGGGAUAUGCCCAAGUACUUGAAGAGAACAUUAUAUGCCCACUAUAAUUUUAUACAAGGAAAAGUCACUUGGUAUAACUGGCUUAACACAUUAAAUUAAAAAUAUAUAAAGCAUAAAACAACACAGUGUUGCACAAAUCUCAACAUCCUUCUGCAAUAGACAUAGCUAUUUUAUUUUAAAGAAUUAUAUUAAUCCUAACAUCAGAUUACUGUAAAUUGAAUAAUUCAAGUAUGUCUUCAAAUAAUGUACAAGCCAUAUUUUUAUUCCACAUAUGAAAAAUGUGUAUUUUAUGAUUGGCUUUUUGCAAGUAUUAAAAUGAAUAUUGUAUUAUGCUAGAAAGUUAUGCUAUAUUAAUUUUCUUAAGUGGUGUAUUAGUUAUAGGUUAUAACAUAAUGUUAAAAUAGAAACUAUGCUAUGCAAGAUAUUUGUUUACGAAAAGACUCGCACCAGAUAGGAGCCACAGGACACCUAAAUCUUUCAGAGAAAGGGAAUUUAUUGCUCCCUUAUCAGCAGAAAACUAACUUCUUCCCACCUCGCUCAGACUAGAAGAUGGCAUGAGGAUUAAGAGGAAGAAGUUGACAGUGACCAGACAGAAUCCUGUGUUUGAAUGGAAUUUAUGCAUCAUGUAUGAGAUGUAUGAAUACGCAACAGGCAAUUGUUUUUAAGGGUUAAUCCUCUGUUAACAAGGGUCCUUUUUCGGGCUCGUGUUGCCCUGAAAAAGGUACCCGGACGUCCGCAUCUCUUUGUUUUUAUUGUCUCAUAUUGUCCUAAUCUCAAAUGUUCAAAUUUUAUUAUUCUAAUUAUAUUACUAUUUUUAUAACUAUUUUAUUACUAUUAAACUUUUAAAAUUUUCAAAAACAAGUGAUCGGCGUUUUUCACACGCAUAUCAUAUAUCUUAGCAAAUUUGCUUUUUUUUGUGCCAGAGAAGCAAUAGAAGCAAUAUCCUCCCUACCAUGCCUUAGUGCCUUGUGGGAUCCCCUUCCUGGGGCUGAAGGCCCACAGGCAGUGGGGCAGAGGAGGUGUGCUGUGUGCCCCAGCACUGCCUGGGCUCCCUGCCACGCAGAACAAGCCAUCCUGAGCCUGCCACAGUGGCCUUCUGCAGGUGCAGUGCUCAGGGGAACUGUGAGGUGCUCGUGCCUCAAAAUUCCCCAUGUCCAUUCUAGUACCUGCAAAAAAACCCUCAGGGAUGCAAAGUCCAGUGAAAGCAAGAAAUGUAAAUCUGCUUAACUUCAGGGAAGGAAUUUAUUUCCUUGUAAGUGCCUUAGCCCUGAGGGUUUCCUAUUACCAUUGCACAGUCUUCUUAUUGAUGGUCACAACAAGCAAGAAACUAUUUUCAGUUCCCCUGCCAUAAUUAAAAUAGCAAUGCUUUCCUACUGCCUGGUGAUAGCUGUCAGCACAAUUGUGGUUUUUAAAUUGUACCCCAAUUAAUCCCCCACUGAGAUAAUACAAAAAUGGGAAAAAAAUCAUAUCUAGGCUUAACUAAUACGUCCUUUAUGCUUAAUUACUAGAAAACAUCUUUCAGUUAAUAUACAUGUUUCUAGUAUAAAACAUAAUAUAGACUUAAUAUAUAAUAUACAUAUAUUUUGGCUACAGUGUUACGGCAUAAAGCUUUCUGUAUAAUUAAUAACAGAGACACACUCUGCUCUCUGCCUCCAUUUUCUCCUGGCAACAGCCAGGACAUACUUUAUAAACUUCAAUUCCACAUUUCAAACCCCUUUGCUUUAUUCUUUGAUGUGUCACACACUACAGAAAAUAGAAAUGGGUGUCCAGAACAGCUGAUAACAUGAAAUUUGAGAUGUCUGCAUUUUGCUGUGAGAAAUUACCUACCUUUGUGUGAAGCCUUUGUGUAGAAUAUUCUUGAUUAGAACAAAGAAAAGGCUUUAGAAUGCAAAUAGGCUUGCAAACAAGGGAUGGUCAUACCCUUUUGUGCCAUUUCAGUUUCACAUUUCAUCCUCAGAUUCUUCACAGGAUCCAUGCAGAGAGCUCCCAUACACAGAGUAUGUGUUUUAUGUAUGGCUCAUGGCUCUGCCAUGGCUCAGUGUGUUGUAGUUCUCUCUGCCCACCCUGCUCACAAACAGUUCUGGUUAGCUCAAAUGCAAAUGUGCUGACCAGGAAGACCAAUCAUUUAUUAACUGAUGGCAACAUGCUGAAACCAACUGAACAGUUUUUUACCUGUUUGUGAACAUAAAUCACUAUAAAAAUACUCAACUGACAACAUUGCAAUUCCUGUGGUUAACCCAAGGCAUCUGAUAAAAGGAGCUGGUUAAGGGAAAACUGAGGAGACACCUUCAAAUUAAGAUAAGCAAAACCAAAAACCUGCAACCCCCCCACUCCCCUCAUCCUCUCAGGCCACAAACUAUAGCCAAAGGAAAGCUAUUCAUAGGAUGAUGAAUGCAAAGAAAAUGAAAAGGCAGUGAAGGGUGAGGCUGAGCCCUGGACAUGAAGUCUAUAAUGAAGCAAACAAGCUGACUUUUGUGUUAGGGAUGAAGCUCUUGCAUUCACAAAGCGUUGUGUGGAUCCAGUGUCCCCAUCCCACACAAGCUGGCACUGAGUGACUCCCCUGUGCCCUGGCAGUAUGGCAGCAGCCACACAAGUGCUGAGGCACCUGCAGGUUGGGGCUGAAGAUGCUGAACAUUUCUGAGCAUCCUACACAGAGUGUUGGGAGUGCAGCCCCUUCCCACAUGUGGCAUAUUUUCUUCCUAUUGAAGUGAUGUUUCACACUAUUUCAUGUAUUUUUUCCUGUUAUAAAUAGAUCAGCAGGCCCGGUGCUAACUGAGCACAAAAAUUCCCAUUACAUGGGUUUUUUUGGUUUAAGAGAUGGAUGCUGAAACACCAGUUCCCAUGUCAUUAAACUGGGCUUUGGGUCAGGCCAAAAGUGACCUUUGAUUUUUAAGAUGCAAUCCUUCAGGAACACAAUAUCAAUAAUUGAGCGGGCUGUGUCCUGCAGAGACCGAUUUGGUAACACGCUGAACCUCAGCUUAUAAAAUAGCUGCAAGUGGUGCCACAUGCUGCUGGUUCUGACAUGACACUGUGCCUCUGCACGGCAGCAUGAUGAAGCACCCUAAAAUUAGCCUUCUUACUAUUUCGUAAAGAGCAGGCAGAAAGGUAGCAGCCUGCACUGAGGAGAACAAAGAGGCACAGGAGAGGACCAGAAGUGAGGCUCACACACAGCCUGGUCACAGCACUUCAUGCAUGCAAGACGACAGUUUAGAAACCUCAACUUCAAUAUCUCAGCUUCUGAGAGAGAGUUAUUUAGCAGAAACUAAGCACCAAGGGAAGAGUGAAAGAAGCAGAUCAGAGCCAGUUUCUCAUAAUUUCCACUAUGGCAAUGCUUCUGGGGAUUCAGAUGAGGUAGCUGCCCAAGAUGACCUCCCAGAUCUGUCUGCCUUUUUGAGCCAAGAAGAGCUUGAUGAAAGUGUAAACCUGGCAAGACAAGCUAUUGAUCAGAAUCCACUGGAAACUAAAGAGGAUGAGCUUCAGGCACAUUCACAGCGCUCCCCAGAUCAGCUGAACAGCACGGGAAAACAUAAACAAAUGGCCCAGUCUACAGCUCUGAAAACAUCAGACAAUGGCCUGCACUCCAACUUUUGUCAGGAACAUGUCAGAAAUACAAAGGGGUCCAAAGGGAGUUCUCAAGAUCUAAAGAAACACCACCUUCCUUCUGAAUCAGAAUCCAAAAAGGAAUUCCUAAACAAGGCAGCAGAUUUCAUUGAGGAGCUCUCAUCACUUUUCAAAGCUCACAACUCUGAAAGAAUACGACCCCGAACAUGCAAGAACUACAAGAGCAAAAUUGAUUCUAAGAACAAGUCUGCUCAAAAAGGUAGCUCUAACCUGUCUCUCACAUCAGAAAACAGAGAAAGGCUUUCCAUUCCAACACCUCAAGACUUGGAAAACAAAGCAGAGAAAACUUUUGAACAAACAGAUGAUCAACAGGCAGCAAACCUGGAAUCUAUGAGUCAAUUAACAAGUGCAGAGCUGAAAACAGAAUCAGAAUCUGCAUCUGUCUAUUCUGAUGAGCCCAUUGGACAGCCACCACGCUUUACUCAAAAACUGAAGAGCAGGGAAGUUCCUGAAGGAUCCAAAGUGCAAUUGGACUGCAUUGUGGUAGGAAUCCCAGCACCUGAAGUCAGGUGGUAUUGUGAAGGGAAGGAGCUUGAAAACUCACCAGACAUCCAAAUUAUCCAGGCAGGUGACCGCCACUCCCUGAUCAUUGUUGAGGCUUUUGAGGAGGACACGGGGCGUUACUCCUGCUUUGCUUCCAACAUCUAUGGAACAGACUCCACUUCUGCAGAGAUUUACAUAGAAGGCAUCUCUUCUUCUGACUCUGAAGGUGAAAUCAUCAAGGACGAAAUGGAUCACAAACCAAAGCCAGCCAACACCUCUGUGAAUGCAGCAUCUCCUGCUGUCAGAACUGCAACCAAGCACCAAGAAACCUGCAAGGCACCGUCAGCUGAGGCUCACCCUGUGUCUGUACUCGUCCAGACUGUGCCAACACCUCUCAACCAGGCUCAAAGCCCCACUAACUAUUUGCAAGGACUGGAUGGAAGACCCAUAAUUGCUGCUCCUGUAUUUACAAAGAUGUUACAGGAUAUUUCAGCUUCUGAGGGGCAGCUUGUUGUUUUUGAAUGUCGGGUGAAAGGAGCUCCUUCCCCAAAGGUUGAAUGGUAUAGAGAAGGAACACUGAUAGAAGACUCUCCAGAUUUUAGGAUAUUACAGAAAAAACCACGAUCUAUGGCUGAACCAGAGGAGAUUUGUACCCUCGUCAUUGCUGAAGUGUUUUCAGAAGAUUCUGGCAGUUUCACCUGUACUGCAAGCAAUAAAUAUGGCACAGUGUCCAGUAUAGCUCAUCUGACUGUCCGAGUUCUGCCCUUUCCUCUUCCAGCACCUGAGGACAGCAGCAAUGCUGCUGCCCUUCACACGACGAGCUCCAUCGACUUUGUGGCUACUGAGCACCAAGCUCCCCCCCAAGCUCCUUCCAGCCAGGGAGCAAACCAAACCCCCAAGCCCAAACUCGAGGGUGUUCUUGUGAACCACAACGAGCCCAGGUCCAGCUCCAAGGCAGGGCUCCGGGUGCACUUCAAGCUGCCUGAAGACGAAAAAGGAAAUGAAUCAUCCUCAGAGGAUGGACAUGGCACCACAAACCAAAGCAGGCCCAACCAUUUCCCAGAGAAGAUAAACGGACAGCCAGUGAAAAUACCAGAGCCAACAUCACCAUCCAAGGAACCUCCCCCAGUACUGGCUAAACCAAAGCUUGAUCAGAGCCAGUUAAAACAGCUCCACAACCAGGUCCUGCUUGAACAGCAGCAGGUGCACCAGGCGUCUCUGAGAGAGCUGUCAUUCAACAGCACUUUGGUGACUUCUGCCACUUCCCUCUACCAGCAGUCCUCCUCAGCCCUGCACAAGCAGAGCUCAGCCUGUGCUCCUCAAGCCUUCGGCUACGGCCGCCCCAGGCAGCUCCUGGCCCCACAAACGCCGCCAGCCAGCCCCUGUGCCAGCCCCUCAGCCUCCUUCAGCAGCGUCCCCCCGGCCACCCCGAGGACAAACCACGUGGAGAACUUCAUGGCAAAUCCAUCACGGUCCCCAGGAGGGUUUGCAAGCAAAAGUGAACAGUGUCUCCCAAGCCCCAAAGAGCCCGUGGUGCCUCCACUAACGCUUCCUCCAUGCAGUGUGAAACAGUUCCAGCCCCAGGCCGUGACUCCCGCUCCCCUCUCCCCAACCGCACGGAUCCAGAACCCAGUGGCUUUCCUUAGUGCUGUUCUUCCUUCCCUUCCUGCUGCACCAUCCACCAAUGCCAUGGGACUGCCCAGAAGCAACCCAGCCACCCCAACCCAGGGAUUAAAGAAAAACUUGAAGCCUCUGCCAUUAGCAACAGAAGAUUCCAUUCGGGAAAACAAAAUUGCACUUGUAAAGGACCUGGAAAGAAAACUGCAUUUCAGAGAGGAUGCUAAUCAACAAAGUGGUCAGCAGGAAUACCGCAUUUCCAGCUUUGAGCAGCGGCUGAUGAACGAAAUCGAGUUCCGCCUCGAGCGGACCCCGGUGGAUGAGUCGGACGACGAAGUCCAACACGAGGAGAUCCCCACAGGCAAAUACAUUGCUCCCAUCUUUGAUAAGAGACUCAAGCAUUUUCGGGUAAUGGAAGGAUUCCCUAUCACAUUCACCUGCAAAAUAGUUGGAAUACCUGUUCCCAAGGUCUACUGGUUCAAGGAUGGCAAGCAGAUUUCAAAGAAAAACACGCAUUUCAAAAUGAACAGAGAAGAAGAUGGAACAUGUUCUUUACAUAUUGAAGCUGCUACUAAUGAUGAUGAUGGCAACUAUACGAUUAUGGCUGCAAACCCACAAGGGAGGAUCAGUUGUUCAGGACACCUGAUGGUUCAGAGUGUCCCUUUUCGGGGACGAAUAUCCACAACUCAGCCUCACAGAACACGACCCCGGGUGCCAGAAGGGGACAAAGAGGCAGUCCAAGAACGCUUUUUCAGGCCAUACUUCCUGCAGGCUCCAGGUGACAUGGUGGCACAUGAAGGGCGACUCUGUAGGUUGGAUUGUAAGGUGAGUGGGUUACCAACUCCUGACCUGACGUGGCUCCUGAAUGGCAAAGCUGUGCUGCCGGAUGGCAGGCACAAGAUGCUGGUCAGAGAGACUGGAGUGCACUCUCUGCUCAUCGACCCUCUCUCCCUGAGUGAUGCUGGCACUUACACCUGCCUUGCCACUAACAAAACAGGACAAAAUUCAUUCAGUCUGGAGCUCACCGUUGUAGCAAAGGAAGUCAAAAGAGCGCCCAUGUUUCUGGAGAAGCUUCAGAACUGUGGUGUUCCAGAAGGCUACCCUGUCAGAUUAGAGUGCAGAGUUGUGGGAAUGCCACCUCCCAUAUUUUACUGGAAGAAGGACAACGAGACCAUCCCAUCAAACAGAGAGAGGAUGAGCAUGCAUCAAGAUACAACAGGGUAUGUCUGCCUCCUGAUCCAACCUGCCAAGAAAGCAGAUGCUGGCUGGUACACCUUGUCUGCAAAGAAUGAAGCUGGCAUUGUCUCCUGUACUGCUCGACUUGACAUAUAUGCUCAGUGGCACCGUCAAAUUCCACAAGCGGUGAAGCUGCGCCCCGGGGGCAGCCGCUACACGAACCUCAGCAGCCAAGGACUCGACAUCUUCCCCGCCUUCCCAGCUCCUGAGAGCCCCCUGCUCUUCUCAGCCCCAGCCCAAAAGUUGGUGGAGAGUGAAGAACUUUGAAAAACAAACACUUGUUCCAGUUGCACCUGCGGAGAUACUUAGAACUGUGAAAAACUAAAUAAUAAAAACAAAAGAGGUACAACUCACGAUGCUCAAGGUUUACAAGCAACUCGUUUGUAAUUAAGUGUUCUGCUGCUGCAAAUGCUGCAAGUAACAUAUCGUACAAGACUUUUGCAUAUGAUUUUAAUGCAGGAUAAUUGUGGUAUGGAGUGUUGUGCAAUAAAUUCAGUACUGUGUAGUUUGCUAAGAAUUACAUAGUAAACAUAGUUUUCAGCACCUAAAAGCCAAUACCACUUUUACUUCUUGAAUUAGAGCUACUGCACUGUAGCUGCCAUGGUAAGGAUUGAUGAUGAUUAGCUGGAAUACUGCCAGUGAAAACACUGACAUUACAGUAACACCAAUCCUGAAUGAGGGUAAACAACAAGACUUUGAAUGUAAUUUUUAAAAAAACAUGCCAAAUAAUCACAAAGCAUAAGUUAAAUGGAAAAGAUGUAACUCAUUUUUAUAUAUGAUUAUUAUGCCAGCCUAUUCUAGAAUUUUUGAACUCCAGGCUAGGUAAUUAUAGUAUUUCAUGUAGGUACAGCUGUAUACCCUAAAUAUUUAUAUCUGUGUGUGUGUGUACUCUAUGAACUGUGUAUUCUUGGUGUAAGGGUUCAUAAAAUAAGAUACAGAGCAUAUGCUUAAGGCACAUAGGAAAUGGAAAUUCCUCUUGUCUGGAGCAUGUUCUCUUGAGCCCAUAGCUGAAACUAUUUACCAGAUGUGCUUCAUAUUUUUUUCUUUACCAUGUUAGUGAUCCUCUGACUUUAACAUGGAUGAUACCAAACUUGUCACUCAUGGCUUUUAAAUAUCAGUCUCUUUUUCCUAAUUUUUAAUGUGCAUCUACCAUCUAGCUCAUUUUAUAGCUAAAUGGAAAGGAAUUGACCUGGUACAUUUUCACCCCCAUUUAGGAAAUGAUCACAAGUGUAGUGUCUAAUAGGAAGACAGAAAAUCGUUAAUAUACAAAAGUUAAGAAGUUAAGCAACAGUUAUAUGUAAAAAGCUAAAAAACCCCAACAGCAGUAAUAAAUAAGGCAAAUUAAUGAAAGCUGAACAGAAGGUGUUAAGUGACAACACUUAAUGAUUGAUUUAAAUAUAUUUGGCAUCUCUACAAUUACAUCAAUAGCCCCAGCUGUAAGAAUCUGUGGAUGUUUAAGAUGUUUCCCUGCAUCUUCAAAUUACUGCUAACCCUCUCUCUAGACACUGGUUUCAAGCACUUCUUACUUACUGCUUUCCACAUGGCUGCAGAAUGCCACAAAGCCAUGAUCAAAGUCACAGAGAUAGAAAAAAAUUUAACAGAUACUUUCAUAUUAGAUGAUUGGGGAUUCUUCAAAUUUAAAAUUUUAACUUUUAAAAACUCCAUAUGCAAAGAAAAAAGUGAAGAGUUAUGUUAAGAGCAAAAGAAUAUUGGAUAUAGCCAGAGACUGAGAAAGAGAAUGUCUUUCACUGAGCUUCCCACAAAUAGAGCUUCUGUUGUUCCUAACACUGAUUCCCUCAGGAUUUAGAGGAAGUGAAUUUCUUGUGUUGUUUUACUUCCCACCUGAGUGAACACCACAAAAAAAACCACAUCAUUAUAACUCUUAUACUUUUGUUAGGAAUCUCAGGCAACUCAACCCAGACUGGACAGACCAGAAAGCUAAAACACAGUCUCAUCCUAAGAGUUAAAAUAAGGUACAGGCAUUUCCAAGGGAAAGCAGAUGUUGCCCACAUUGUACCUCUUCCCUGGCAACCAAAAUAAAACUCAUGGCUAUUCAGAGUGAUGCAUUGAGUUAAGUGACUUCAGUAAUGAGAUGCAGAACCUAAGACAUAAUGUGGGUCUGAUCUUCAGGAUAGAGAAUCUACUGCUCCUUUUACCUUCAUUUGGUUCUUAGAAUGGCUUAAGGAUUCCAAAACUACACCCAAAAUUUCAAGCUUCCCACAUUAGUUACUACUCUUGGAAAAAUAAUCCAAGAAAAGUUAUUGGAUUUUGCUUGCUUAAUUCAGUGCUGUUGGGAAACGGAAAGGUAGGAAAUUAAGACACAAAAGAUCAAACUCACAUCUACAGCCAUGGUCUUCCCAUCAUUUCACAAACCAGAGAGUAGGUUUGUGAAAUGAGAGUAUUGGAGUAGAGAGAACUCCAGUAUUCCAGGUUCUAUACUGGCCAUGAGGCUUUAUCCCUCAGCACAGUCAAGAGAUUGCCUGCUUGGAAGUCCCCUGUGGCCCCUUUUCCUGGCUGACAUUGAGGGGUUGGCCCAGAUGAUCCCCUGACCUAAAUCACUCCAUGCUUCCUAAAUUAUUUUCUUUUCCAAUACCUGUCUAGAUGUCCUACCUGGAUUAAGUUACCUGUCAGCUAAGUAGAAACUAAGAAUUCAAGCAAGCACAAACUUUUCCUUUUUCCUGAAAUCUAACCCAUUAGACAAGCCCAGCUACAGGAGUUCUUCACACAGUGUAGAAGAAAGGAAUGUUAGUACUCUCCACAGGCAAGUACAUGGUUAGCAUUGCUGGAAUCAUACUGACCAGUAUUACUGACAGCAGCAGUGGUUUUCACAUUUUACAGCAUCAGACACCAAAAACUCAAUGCAAAUUGAAAGACAAAGUGCAAACAUGCAAACCAUCUGUCUUCACCUUUUCUCUGCAAUACCAGAGGAGUGUCCCCAAACUGACAUCAUUAUAACCUGAGCUGACAUGCAGACCAUCAUGUGGUAAAAUGUUUCUUUAAAUGUCUAUUCAGUUCUUUGGAAGUGGGAGGACAAGAAGCUGAAAGACUUUUCCCAAAGAUCUGUGUACGAGGAUUAAUCCUUAGUCAUUCAAGAAGGGACCCCAGAAAUCUCAGUGAGAGUCAGGCUACAGAAGGUAGAUCACCAAAAAUGUGCUAGCUGAACUUUAGUAUUCUCUCCUGAACAGUAUUUCCUAGCAAAAAGAUCAAAACCCUUCACAUUUCCCUACAGAAUGCAGAAGUCAGCAAUUUCAAUUCCUUUCAGUGACUCCUGUCCUGGUCCCAAAUGGUCUGUAGGUGUUACAUUUUCUUCCCUAACUGCUGCAGGGCAUUUCCCCUCUGGGUGUGCUGAGCCCCUGCAGGGAGCCUGCAAAGGCAGCUUGUGGGCAGGAUGCCAAUGCUGAUUGACAGGUGCUGUAGAUGUGCUCAUCACAAGGAACAACUUGCAAGGAAACGACACCAAAAUAACACUUGUGUUGUUAAGUGGUGGAAAAGACAAGGGAAAAGGCCUGUGGAAGGGAAGGACAGUAGGACAGUCCCGUGUUGCCACAACAUGUCAGGAUGUGCUAGAGCCACUCUGCUCCCUCCUGAACAACCUGGCUGUUCUUCACUGAACAGCCAGUUCCACUUCACACCAACACCCCUUCUCAUCCUCUAAUGCAGGGCAGGCUACCGCAACAACAAAAUUUCAUGUUACACCUGCUACUGAAGGCACUGUUAGUUCUUAACUUCCAAAAUCCAUGAAGCCACUGUUAGUUCUUAACUUCCAAAAUCCAUGAAGCCACCACAAUGUGGAGCACAAUGCUGAGUAAGUGUGAUACAGAAAUGCUCAUGUUUGGAACCUCUCAAGUGUUCACUGAUUCACAAUCUGGUAGGCUGAUUUGGUUUCCCCAUUUCUCCUAGUCCUGGUUUGGUGUACAGCCAAUCAGAGGCACAGUAUAUUGCACACUACAGCAGAAACGACAUCUUUUGGGUUGCAAUUCUACAUUUCAAACAGUUUUCUUUCUGCUUCAAACCUUUGGUCCAGACUGAUGCAAACCCAGCCUACAUCAAUGCAUUGAUGUCAUUGGACCUCCUGCCUUUAAACCACUGGGUUGAGUUCCUUGCUUCCACAUGGAAGUGGAGCAACCCUUCUGAAAGCCUCACAUCUGCUACCAUGAGGAGAUGAGAGCACACACUGCAAAAAGGAAAACCCAGUUUGCAUCUCAAUAUGUAAACAACUGCCAGCCCCAAUUGUUUACAGCAAUUGUAGGUACUUCAACCAAUAAAUCUGGAAUACAGAUUCAUUUAAGAACUGUGUUCUUAAUUCUACCAGGUUUAAAAGCACUAGUUUCUGAAAAAUGUCUUUACAAAACCUAAUGAAAUAUUUAUGCUGUUAAUACUGGAGAAGUGAUUCAUUGAAAAUUGCCUCAUUAUUUCCAAUACAAAAAUAUUCACUUUGAGCUUUAACAUUCUAAGCUAAUAUUUCUUCUUGAUUAAAGUUGAUAUUUUUAAUUUUUUUUCAAAAGUCAUUCUUACUGGCAGGAAAAAUGCUCACAUCAGUUUUAUAGUGUGUUUUAACUGCACAUGAAAGGAAAAAAAACCACCUGCCUGUUCAGUAAUGUAUUUCCCUUCAUCUCACCUGAACUUUAAUGAAUGCUUCAGAUUGCAUACAAGACUGUGUCCUUCACAUAAUAAUUGUGAAAAUAAUUGUGACAAUGUGCAACAAUGCCAGAAGUUUUCUCAGAACUUUGCUGUGACAGAUGAUUAAUGAAAUCAGACUACAUUAUUUAGAAAAAAAAAAUAAAUAUUGUCAAGUUAUAUACUAGCCAUGCUUCUAGCAGGUAGCUGUGAAAUAAAGUUGUUGCUUUUUUAAACAA